AAGUUGCGAUAAAAAAAAUUUUACGUUUCUAUGGGGGUAGAACUAAACAAUAACUUCAAGCCCUAAAACCCGGGAGUAAAAAAUUCCGUUAUUGAGGCAUGGAGAUUCCAUUUUCAGAGAAAGUGUUCUUUAUGAUAGCUCGCUAUGUUAGAGAUAUUUGCAAGAAACAUGUGAAAUUUGAUGACUUCGUCUCUGCCAGUGGCUUUGUUUGCCUUGAUGUGGAUGGCAAAACUCAACACAGAUUUAUAUUGAAUGAAAUUGUUGACAAGACUAAUAAUGGUGAUGGAAAUAGUGUUAGUUUGAGUGCCAUGAACUGGGGGAUAGUUAAAAAAUUUAGUUCAAGCAAGAAAGAAAUGAAAGGCCAUUUAAAAAAACCAGCUGCCCUAUGUUCACCAGGCAGAGACCAGGAAAACAGUCUAGAUGAAGGAGAAACCCAGACUGCUCUCAAGCGUAGGAACUCUUCAUUUAACAAACCUACCGAAAUGCCUAAAAGUUUAAGUGGCCCAGUCAGUCACCAGACUUUCACUAAGGGCCGCAACAAGAUGGUGAAUCGCACAUUUACUAGAAGCAAUAUGCCUUUACAAGCUCAUAAAGAUGUUAGUCCAGGUAGGACUUUUUCAAAUUCAACUGUGAAUAUAUCAAAAGCAGAUGCUGUUUGCUAUAAAGGAAUAACACGAAGCCCAACAUUUGACUUCAAUAAAGAGAAACAAACAGAGUUAGAUUCAAGUGGCAUUAAUAAUCACAAUGUUCACCAAGACAAACAGAACAAUCUUAAAGUCAGAAAUAGCAAGCUGGUACCCCAGAAAACCAGGAGUAAGAAAGUAAACUCCUUAGAGCAUCAUCUAACACAUCACUAUGUAAAACACUGUGAUCAAGAGCUGAGCACUCACAGACAGGCGUGUCAACAAAAACUGUCCAAGCGUGAAGAUUCAGACAUCAGCAUAGGCUCCACCCGGCCCAAAUAUCUUGUCCAGCACAACGAUGAGCUUCUUCUGCCCUGCCCAAAGCUCCGGACUAGUUCUGAAUCACUCUCCAUCACAGACAGCAAUUUCAUUCAAAACAUAAACCUGAACCAAGCUAUUGAGAACCUGGAGGAAGGUACAGUGGUUUCUAGUGCACACAUCUCAUUCCUUGUCAACUCCAUCAUCACUGCCAUCUCCAGGCCUAGCUCAAGAAAUUUUUCUGAGGUAGAAAAUGAGAUCAGUGAACUGCAGGAAGAAAGAAAUGUAGAGGACUAUGAUAAGAUAAGCCCCCCAGAUAGUUUAACCAGCAGCGUAGAGAUAGAACUGCCAACUCUAGCCAACCAGUCGGAGAUAGCCAUCCACUCGCUGAGGGGCAAGCAGAUUCAUCCUACCAAGAAGAUUAGCAGCAUCAGCAGCAUUAGUCAACAGUUGAGCAACACAUCUUGUAUCUCAAAAAAGAAGUCAAAAGUAUUUAAAUGGAUGAAACUAUUUAGAAGAGGUGAAGAGAAGGCAAUAAAGCUCUAGCUUUAUAAGUGAUUAACAUCAAGGAUCAACUAGGAUCAACAUGAAAUGCCUUGCGGUAAGAGUGAACAUCUAUUGAUCAAAAGCCACCACAAGACAGAAUGAUUCAUGUGUCGUGAGCUAUAAAUUGUUGCUUAACUAAUUUGAGAAUCUGGCAUCUUCAUUUGGUGGCAGUAGCACAUUUAUGCUUGAUGCUUGAGAGCUUAUAUUUACAAGAAAUGAAUAUCAUGGUGUUAUAGAGCUUAGUCUGACAUUUUCCAUGUUUUAUUACCUUGAAGGGAACAUUAGAAGUUUAGUUUGUAUGAAUUAUAAAUAAUGAUUCACUGCUGUAAUUGAGAGAGUUUUGUAUCAGAUUAUGAAAUUUAAGGGGGUAACAAUCAUCACUUAUAAAAGAUGUUUGCAGUUAUUAAAUAAUAAUGUACCAUCUUUGACAAAUGAACAUCAAAAAAAAA